AUGGUGGUUACAACUAAAGAGAAGAAGGAGAAGUCUGCCAAUCCUAUGAGGGAGCUAAAGAUUGAAAAAUUGUACCUGAAUAUUUGCGUUGGUGAAAGUGGUGACAGGCUCACACGGGCCGUGAAACCCGUGUUCAGCAAAGCUCGGAUGACGAUCAGAACCUUCGCCAUCCGCUGUAAUGAAAAAAUUGCGAUUCACUGCACAGUUCGUGGACCAAAAGCGGAAGAGAUCCUCGAAAAGGGUCUUAAGGUAAAAGAAUACGAGUUGCCCAAAUCAUGCUUCAGUAGUAUGAGGAACUUCGGUUUCGGUCUCACUGAGAAUAUCCAUUUGGGCUUGCGUGUUGCCCAUCGUCUUCGCUGCAAAAAUCGUGUGGGUCCAAGCCAUCGCAUCUCCAAGGAGGAGGCAAUGAAGUGGUUCCAGAGCAAAUUUGAUGGUAUUUUGUUGAACCGAUAA